GACGUCAUACCAGGCGUGGCGAAGGUGGUGGUGAAUGGAACGAAAAUGGAUUCCGAUAAAUUCUCACACUUGUUUAGUCUUCUUGAUUCAGUAUUUAACAGGUGUUUGGAGUUUUAAAUUAAGUUUUUCGAACAACACAAGACGUGUUCAAGGCUAAGUGUAGUUUGGAAUGAACAAAUAUUUGUUUUUUGUGCAUUGGUGAAGUGCUUGAAAAACUCCAUGAAGGAAAAAUCGAUGGACUAUUAAAUUUAUUUCUAACAUUAUGUGAUACGUAAUGGGUUCAGUGGAAAGGAAAGACUGUUACAACAUAUCAAGAAAUAUGACUUACAGUUUAUGUAAAUCUGGUAUCUGAACGUAAUGCAAUCAUGCAUGUAACGUCACCUGAUUGUUGUUAACUAGUGAAAUUCAAUAAAAGACUAAUUAUCUCGUGAUGUAGUUUUGUUAAGUAAUCUUGUGAGCUAAAUAUUGAAAUUAAGAUCAUUAUUAAACCAAGUGUUUUGCAUUUUGUAAUUGUCGUAAACUAGGUUACAAAAUGUCGUUUUUUAACAAUUUGAAGAAAGUUCUUCACUUAGGCAACAAUGAAUCAAAAAAGAAAAAGGUGUUUAACAACAUCAAAAUGGAAUGUGACCCUGAAGAAUUCUGGGAUAUGAUUGGAGAGCUUGGCGAUGGUGCAUUUGGUAAAGUGUACAAGGCACAACAUAAAACAACAAGACAACUGGCAGCGGCUAAAAUGUGUGCUCUCGAAGGUGAAGACGACCUCUCUGAUUUCAUGAUUGAGAUUGAUAUUCUCUCCGAAUGUAAGCACGAAAACAUAGUGGAGCUCCAUGAAGCAUUUUUCACCAAUGGAAAGCUUUGGAUGCUGAUAGAGUACUGUGAUGGUGGGGCACUGGACUCAAUCAUGGCUGAGCUCGACAAACCACUCACGGAGCCUCAGAUAGCAUUUGUAUGCCAGCAGAUGUGUUUAGGUCUUAGCUUCCUCCACCGCAGCCGCGUCAUCCAUCGCGAUCUUAAGGCGGGCAAUGUCCUGCUCACCAUGGCAGGAGGAGUCAAGCUGGCUGAUUUUGGAGUUUCUGCGAAAAAUAAAUCAACGCUUCAAAAACAUGAUACGUUUAUCGGGACACCAUAUUGGAUGGCUCCAGAAGUUGUUUUGUGUGAGACCUUCAGAGAUAAUCCCUAUGACUUCAAGGUUGACAUAUGGUCAUUAGGAAUUACACUAAUAGAAUUUGCACAGAUGGAUCCCCCAAACCAUGAAAUGACCCCAAUGAGAGUACUUCUAAAGAUUCAAAAAUCUGAUCCUCCAAAACUAGAUCAACCUUCAAAAUGGUCAAAGGAUUUUAAUGAUUUCAUUGCAAAAGCUCUGGUGAAAGAUCCUACGCAAAGGCCGAACGCGGAUGAUCUGCUAAAGCAUUCGUUUAUCUGCAAUGAACUGGAAGUGAAACCAAUAAGAGACCUUCUGCUAGAGUACAAGGCUGAGGUUGUUGAAGAAGAAGUGGUGGAUGAAGAAGUGGAGGACCACCGCACCUCCCAGUUGCCCCUGGAUCUGGACAAUGGCGAAGAUGACACAACAUCCCUCAAGAGUGACUCGGACGUUAAAAUCGCAGAUGAGGUGGAGGGGGUGAAGAGGGAGGCAGAAAAGGAUACAAGCGAGACUGACAAACAUAAGCCUACUCCAGACACUCAGGAGCCAGAGAAACCAGAGAUCAAAGCUCCAGCUGUUGUAACAAGGAAGCAAGAGGUGCUGGAACGAAGGUUGUCCCACGACAAGGGUCCGGCACCCUUGCCACCCAGCAGCCCUCAGCGGGAAGAAGGGAAGGUGGGAGGUGGAGAGGUACGACGAAGGGAGAGCAGAGAGCGUAGUGCUCGGCCAGUCUCUAUGAUGCCAGUUGUUAAUGGGCGGGCAGAGGAGACGCAGCCAGCACCUCAGCGCACGCGUAGUUCUUCUGCCAGUAAUAGAAAUCGGCGACGACCAGCCCCACCUCCUCUGUCAGAAGAGACCAUCAAUGCGCUUGCCGCCAAGACUGCGCCUGUUGUCAGCGGAAGUGACGGAUUCAGCACGAGAUCAUCAAGCAUAGACACGUCCUCCAGUAGCACAGCCACCCCAGUGAAAGAGUCUCCCGCCCCUGCACCUGCUGCCCCCACCACAGUGAGGGUGGACUCGACGAGCCGACCCAUUGAUCUGGACUCUAAUGUCACAGUAGUCACCACCACUCACCCUCCUGUCCUGCAGCUGCACCAGCCUCAACCACAACCGAGCCAACCUCAAGCAACCAACCAAGUCAUUAUUGUGGCCAACGAAACCAACAAGACCCAGUUAAACGAUUUGUCGCCAUCCCCAGAAGAGGAGGUUAUUGUAAUCAACUCAAGUGGGAUCAGUGUGGACUUUGGUGCAGAGGAGGAUGGUCCAGACAUGAGUCACGUAUCCGUUGUCAAGGUGGGAGAUGAGUCUGCCUCUGGACACGAUUCCCUUUGGAACUCCUUAGAUGGAAUGGAGGCGGACUCAUUAAUGAUAGUGGGUAGUGGAGGUAGCACCUCUAUUGUCGUGGAAGGGACUACCACAGAAAUUACUGAUGUGGAUAGAGUCUCCCCUCACCCUCCUCACUCGCCCAAAGUCAAUGGUCAGCCUGCCAUCCCUGCUUCUGACUCUGAUGAGGUCUAUAUCAUCGUGAAUAAGACUACCAACUUGCAGAAAAAGGGCGAAACAGAGAUGGAGAGACCCGGCGGUGAAACGAGUGAGACAGGCUCAUUGCACACUCCACCCUCAUUGGCGAGCACACGCACGUUGGAUCGCUCAGACGCAGAGAGUGUAGCCACUACAGUCAGCCAGGACAGCAACAAGGAGAACACACGGCCUGACCAGGAUCUGGUGCUCCGUCGCAACACCGAAUACAACAGGCAGCAAGAGGGUGUGAGACACAGUCGCACCAAGGAAGAAUUAGAAUUACAUAACCUAAAGAAGAAAACCAGGAAAAGGACAAGAAAGUUUGAGAUUGACGGUGUAGUAGUCACGACAACGACGAGUAAGGUGAUUUAUGCUGACGAGGAGAGUGGGAGAGGUUACGAUGACCAAAUCUUCAGGAAGCAAGAGCUAAGAGAAUUUAAAAUGCUUCAAAAGCAAGAGCAAAAGCAGUUCCAAGACCUGUCUAUGAAAGCACAUUUAGCCAAAGAUCAACAGGACAAGAGGUUUGACCAGGAGAAAGUAACGUUGCUGAAGACAUACGAAGCGGACUUGGAACUUUUGUCCCGUCAGCAGCGCCAACAGGUGGAGAAGGCUGAGACCCAGCAGGAGGCAGACCUGAGGGUGGCGAGCAAGCGGAUCCGAGCUGAGCAGGAACGUGAGCUCAAAGAGUUCCGAGAGAGCCUCAAGACUGAGAUGAGGCUGUUACGACAGGAGAUAGACCUCAUGCCCAAGGAUAAGAGAAAAAGUGUCUUCCGUGGGAGAAAAGAGAAGUUGGAGGUGGAACAUGAGGAGAGGGAAAAAAUGUUUUUGGAAAAGCUCAAUGAAAAUCAUGAAACAUCAUUAAGGCGGCUAAGUGACUCUCACAGAGAAAAAAUUGCAUUGAUGGAAAGACAAUUCUUGCAACAAAAACAACAACUCAUGAGGUCGAAAGAAUCAGCGCUGUGGGAGCUGGAAGAGAGACAAAUUCACGAGAAACAGCAACUUGCCAAAAGACAGCUCAAGGAUGGUUUCUUCCUGCAGAGGCAUCAGAUGUUAAUACGGCAUGAGAAGGAGCUGGAACAAAUGAAGAGGAUGAAUCAACGAAAAGAAGAAGAUUUGCUCAAACGUCAGACUCUUGAAAAGAGAGCUUUACCAAAACGAAUUAGGUCGGAAAUGAAGGCUAGAGAAAUGAUGUUCAGGGAGUCCAUGAGGAUAAGUAUGUCAACGAACCCGGAUCCUGAACAAGAGCGGAAUAGACUGAAAAAGUUCCAAGAGAAUGAGAAGAAGCGGUACAGAGCGGAAACACUUAGGUUUGAGCUGAAACAUCAACAUCAGCUGGAGGAGUUGCGAGCUGCCGCAGAUACCACCAUCAAGGAGCUGGAACAGUUGCAGAACGAGAAGCGCAAGAUGCUGAUGGAGCAUGAAACGCUAAAGCUGAAGGAGCAGGAGGAGAUGUACUCCAGAGAACUGAAGGAGUGGAAAGGGCAGCUGAAGCCCCGCAAACAGAAGCUGGAGGAGCAGUUUAUGUUGCAACUGGAGGAACAAGAGGCGUUGUUUGGUCCACCACAGGUACUGCCUCCCGACCUGACCGAUUUGGUCCCCCGCCAUCACCGUGGUUCGACCCGCAGCUCACUCUCGUCUGUAUCAGCGGACUGACCCCCCCUCGCUCAUUGCCCAGACCACAGUCAACCGAAUUACCAUGAGUAUCUCCAUUAAAGAAUUUAAACUAGCAUUCUCUCAGAAAAAUAUUUUUCUUGUUAGUCAAGUUAUCUUUUUCUCGUGAUAGUUUCUUCAUUUAGUGAAAGCUUUAUCUCAUUUAGCAUAUUUAAGACACGCUUCUGUACAAUUUUUUUGUACAUUUUGCAGUAAUGUAAUACAAUUUUGAAAUUAUAAAUGAAAUUUAAGAAAAUUUGUCAAUGUAACUAACAGUUAUUUUUAGAUAUGUUUGCUUAUGUGAGCAUAUCAAUGAAGUGAGACAAUUCAUAAACUUUAGAAGAAACAUGAUGUCGAAAUAUGCGGUGUUAACUAUAUAAGAAUUAAAUGUGCAUUCUCAGUAGCAAUAACACUGUAGUACCUGUUUAAAUUUAUGCCACUUGUACAUUAUUUAAUCUCUUGUUUCAUUUUUAUAUUUUUCAGUACAGGUCCUAGUUAUUGUAGAAUUUUUCUUUGGAUGUUGGUGCUCUUAUCAAUUAACAUUGCUAAUAUAGCUUUCAAGAUCAUGUAUACAUUAUCCAUAAAACACUUUAUUUACUGUUUUUCUGUACCAAAUUUUUUGUUUUAUUUGGUGGAUUUUUUAAGUUCCAUAUAUAUUUUGCUUGUCAGAUUUCCUACAAAUAUAUUGUUUAAUUAAGCUUUGUUUGCUAAAUUGACAUGAAAAAGUAUCUUGUAACAAUCAAUUUUACAUUUGAAUUUUAAUAAUUUUAUUCAUCAUUUUAUAGUACAUUUAUUUGUCAAUAAUGUUUUUAAAGAUACAAGGUAUUAUUGAAGGUUAAUUUUUAAAUGUAUUUCAUUAUUUUUAUAUUUUAUGCAAUACAUAUUUUUAUUGUUUUGUAAAUAAGUUGAUCUUAUAUUUUUAUAUUUUUGUUUUUGAAACUUAUUGAUGUGUGAUUGUGUUAUUAUAAUUUUGUUUUAUUUGUUAAAUUUUGAAUUUCUUUAAGAUUUUACACAGUAUUAUAAAAAUAUAUAUUCACUUCAAGAGUGGUUGAAGUAUUUCACUUAAAAAGUCAUUGUGAGUAUAUCCUAUUAAGUAAUAAAUUGAAGUCAGAUAUAAAUAAAAGAGAGAUCUUUUACACUGUAGCCAUAUGUUAAUGAGCUUUAUUAGAUUAUAUUAAAAUUUGCUGAAAUUUGCAUAAAAUGUCCCUUAAUGAAAAAGAACUAAAUUAAUCAUAUAAUAAAAACACAGAGUUUUGUACUAGUAUUUUUAUAUUUUAAGAAAUUUUCAUGUUCAAUGCAUAGAAUUUGAGAUAAUCAACAUUUUAAAGUGUUACUUUGUUUCUUAAAGUAUGUUAUGCUCUUCACGCAAAGUCACACUGUUAGUAAAAGAUUUUUUUGUCUAGUAACAAUACACAUUAUUUAUAAAUUUGAUUUUGCUAUAAUAUUGUUAAGUUUUUGAUUUUAUCAGAUAAUGUUUGCUUAUUCUAUACUUUCUGUCUUAAGUUUAUUGCCUUUAUGAUUUGAAAAAGAAACAUUAUAAAAAAUUAGGGUUAAUAGUUGUAUUCUCUUAACUUCUCUCCUGUUUGUAAAAUGUAUUUAAGCAAAAUUACUUAAACAUAUUCCAAAGGGAAAUUCAUCCUUUAACUCUUUUAUUUUAACUAGUUUUAUACAUGCAUUUCUUGUUCCUCACUGUUUUCCCCUCUAUUGACUUAAUAUAAACUUAGGAUACGUUUAAACUAAAAUAUAUUAUUUUUGUUACUGCGUGUUAAUAUUUUUGUAUGUGUUGUAUUUUCAGAAUUACUACUAUUUUUAAGAGUCUGCAAUUUACUGUCAGAUUCUCAUUAGUUAAUGGAAGUGCCAAACUCUUAUUUUAAAAAAAUGAUAUCCUAUUUUUUUGUUAUGUAACUAAUUAUACAGUUUAUGUCAUUAAUUCCAACAGAGCAUAGACUCCUAACUGUAUGAGUGCCUAUUGUGUACAGUGUAAAAUAAUAUUAUAAAUAGAGACAGUAAUGUUUACACUAACAGCGAAGUACACCUGACCUAUUCAGGUGGUAGAUGUACAUACGUACCCUCUUGCCUCGGUGCCUUGACGGUUAAAUAUUGUAUAAACCAGUUCGAACAUUUGUAAAAUUGUAGAAUUCAAUUUACAAAGCUUUGCCACUUAUGGUUUCCUGUUGUUGUGUUGAAUAAUAACGAUAUUUUACUGUACAUACCUGGCUGUAAUAAACCUGUUGCAUGUAUGUAUAUAAAUAUGCAUUAUAAAUAAUGUUACAUUA